AUGUUCACCAUCCUAAUGGUGGACCCAGACACUCCCUAUGAGUAUGUCAGCACGGACGAAAAGCCACUGCUUCACAUGCUCAUCACAAACAUAACGAAUGCAGACCCGAGUACAGGGGCAAUUAUUGACCUGUACCGAGGACCCAUGCCCCCGCCCUGCUCGGGUGACCACACCUACCACUACCUCCUGCUCAGACAGACGGCCGCCUUGUCUCUGACCGUGGAUGACCUCCCAACCUACACCCCGGAUUGCAACUUUACUCGCCUCGCUAACCGAUGCCUUUUUGAAGUGGCAAACUUCAUUUCUUCCAACCAACUGACCACGGUCGGUUACGUAACCAUGAUAGGAACUACAGACGGAUAUGUCCGUUACAACUACUUCAACAACAGAGGGAUAAGUGAAGCAGACUCUUGCCGAGGACUUGAUGGGUACGAUCCAUGUCCAACUGCGCCCCCUGGCAGCAGUAGUGAGAAAGCGAUGGUUUCGAUGUCUACUGCCAUGGCGUCCGCCUGGUGUCUGAUGUUGAGCUUUAUUCUGAACUAA